CGGACAGCGCCCGGGGCCCCUCGCCGCUGCCAGCCCACCGGCUCCCCGAGUCAGCACCGCGGACAGUCCCCCUCCACCGGCCCCGAGGCAGGCUUGGAGCGGUCAGCGCUCCCGGAACAUGGCCACUGAGGUCCACAACCUGCAGGAGCUCCGGCGAAGUGCCUCACUGGCCACCAAGGUCUUCAUCCAGAGAGACUAUAGUGAUGGAACCAUCUGUCAGUUCCAGACCAAAUUCCCGCCAGAGCUGGACAGCCGGAUUGAGAGGCAGCUCUUUGAGGAGACUGUGAAGACACUCAACAGCUUCUACUCAGAGGCUGAGAAGAUCGGGGGUGGCUCCUACCUGGAGGGCUGCCUGGCCUGUGCCACGGCCUACUUCAUCUUCCUCUGCAUGGAGACCCAUUACGAGAAGGUUCUCAAGAAGAUUUCCCGCUACAUCCAGGAGCAGAAUGAGAAGAUCUUUGCCCCUCGAGGCCUCCUGCUCACGGACCCCGUGGAGCGUGGGAUGAGGGUUGUAUCCUUUCUGGCUGUUCUUUGUGAGGGCCCAGAGCUGCCAACUCAUGGGCUCUCUGAUGUGAUGAUUGAUGGGUAACAAGUUAAGUGACUGGUCUAUGGUCGUCGCUGGAGAGUGGGCGAGCUGGGAGUCGACCUCAGGACACCGGAGUCCUCACACUUCCUGCUCAGUAGCACCACCUGC